CCCUCUUCCAUAUUUAAACAUCUUCAUUAACAUCCAAAAACAUUGUUACAGGUCUGAAACAGUCUUUGUAAUCAAAGAAAAAAUAAAGCAUCGCUGACAACAACAUCAAGCAGUUCACUACGACACAUCAAAAUCCACAAUCUCACCACCAUCCCCAGCACAUAUUUGAUCAAUCGAUCUUCGCUUUCGCCAUUGCUUCACGCCUUCACCCAUACCCUGGGCUUUGUGUCCAUUUUCUAUUUCUAUUUUAUUUUUUUAAGUUAAAAUCUUUUCAACAAUCCAAGAUGUUUUCUCCCGUACUUGUUUUUGCUUCCAUAUUCAGUGCUUGCUGUCUUGCAACUUCAACUUUUGGAGCUACACUUGCAAUAGACGAAGUGGAAGCUUUGAAAAGCAUAGGUAGAACAUUGGGGAAGACAAACUGGAACUUUAGCGUGGAUCCAUGCAGUAGCGGAGACGAGAGUUGGGCAAAUUUUGCAGAAUCAAAUGCUUAUUAUGUUAAUAAUGUUACCUGUGUUUGCAGUUCCAUCAUCUGUCAUGUUGUCCGCAUAGCGCUGAAGGGACAAAAUCUAUCAGGUACUCUCCCACCACAGUUGACCAGACUCCCUUACCUCCAAGACAUCACUUUUUACAGUGAUCUCACUCGCAACUAUCUUAGUGGCUCCAUUCCUCCUCAAUGGGGUUCUAUGCAGCAACUCGUCCAAAUUUCCCUUCUUGGGAAUCGUUUAACAGGUUUAAUCCCAGAGGAGCUGGCAAACAUGAGCAGUCUUACUAGCUUAGUCCUUGAGCACAAUAGCUUCUCAGGAAAUUUGCCUGCUGCACUGGGGAAUCUACCAAAAAUUGAGAGACUGUUUCUUAAUUCCAACAAUUUUACUGGUGAAUUGCCUGAAACAUUUGCUAGGCUGACUACAUUGAAGAUUUUCCGGAUCGGUGAUAAUAACUUCACAGGAAAGAUUCCCGGUUUUAUUUUCCAGAAUUGGACAAACCUUAAGGAAAUACGUACUCUCGCAAGUGGUUUGAGUGGACCAAUUCCAGACAUUGGUUCUUCAGGAAACUUAGAAUUUCUAAUGAUUACGGACUUGAAUGGAGUUGAAUCAACUUUUCCACGACUUAGUAAUUUGUCUAAAUUGGAAUAUCUGAUAUUGAGGAGCUGCAAUCUCGUUGGAAAGCUACCUACUUCUCUUGAAAAUAUGCCGAAGUUGGAGACCUUAGAUCUCAGCUUCAACAAACUCAGCGGAGAAAUUAAAAUCUCUCUUCCAGAUGUGAAACAAUUGUUUUUAACUGGAAACAUGUUUACUGGAGCAGUCCCUCAAUGGAUUCUUAAUACAAAUAGAAAAAUAGAUCUUUCAUAUAACAAGUUCACAAGUACAGGUGGUGUUGAUGACUGUCAGAAAAGUGGCCUGAACUUGUUUGCAAGCACUUCAAGGAUCAAUAAUUCCGGAGUUGUUUCAUGUUUGGGAAACCUUAACUGUCCAGUGGAACCUUUGCACUCUUUUUAUAUAAACUGUGGUGGAAAAGAAGAAACUAUUAAUAAUAUCACCUAUGAAGCUGAUCCUGAUAAAGUUGGGACUUCAACAUUUUAUCGGAGUACUACUCAUUGGGCAUUUAGCAGCAGUGGUAUCUUUUUGGAUGAUCACACAGAGGAGGAUGUAUUAGUUUUGGAAAAUAAACAACUUUCUUCCAGUAUUGGUCAAAUUUACAGCAACGCACGUCUUUCACCAAGCUCUUUGACUUAUUAUGCGUUCUGUCUGCACAAUGCAACAUACAGCGUGAGCCUCCAUUUUACGGAGAUACAGUUCACUGAUGGUAAAAAUUAUGGCAGCUUAGGAAGGCGGAUAUUUGACGUUUACAUUCAGGGAAAGCUGGAGCUGAAGGAUUUCAAUAUUAAGGAUGAAGCAGGAGGGGCUGGCAAACCAAUUCUAAAGAAUUUCACUGCAAAUGUUUCGGAUGGUACUUUGGAGAUCCGUUUGCAGUGGACUGGAAAAGGGACAACAGUUAUUCCCAUGAGAGGAGUUUAUGGUCCACUUAUCUCUGCAAUAUCUGUCUUUGAUCCUGUUUAUAAACCUCAAUCAGAAAGUAGGGGAGGUAUCAGCGCAGUUGCGAAGGUUGCUAUUGUGGCUGCAGCAGCAUUUGCUACUUUCUUGCUUGUGGUUGGAAUCCUUUGGUGGAGUGGAUGCUUAAGACGGAGGAGUACAUUGGAACGAUAUCUAAAAGGUAUAGAAUUGCAGACUGGUUCCUUCACCUUAAGGCAAAUUAAAGACGCAACAAACAACUUUGAUGCUGCUAAUAAGGUUGGAGAAGGCGGUUUCGGUCCUGUUUAUAAGGGCAUUCUAGCAGAUGGCAAAGAAAUCGCUGUCAAGCAGUUAUCGGCUAGAUCAAACCAAGGAAAUCGAGAGUUCGUGACGGAGAUUGGCAUGAUUUCAGCUGUACAACAUCCUCAUCUAGUAAAGCUAUAUGGAUGUUGCAUUGAAGGAAAUCAACUGAUGCUUAUAUAUGAGUACUUGGAAAACAACAGCCUUGCUCGUGCAUUAUUUGGUCCAGAAGAAUUUCAGUUGACAUUAGACUGGCCAACCAGACGGAAGAUCUGCAUUGGUAUAGCGAGAGGUUUAGCUUAUCUCCAUGAAGAAUCAAGGUUGAAGAUUGUCCAUAGAGACAUUAAGGCAACCAAUGUGUUGCUUGAUAAGAAUCUAGACCCUAAAAUAUCUGACUUUGGUUUGGCCAAGCUCGAUGAAGAAGACAAUACCCACAUUAGCACCCGAAUUGCCGGAACUUAUGGCUAUAUGGCUCCAGAAUAUGCAAUGCAUGGACGUUUAACUGAUAAAGCAGAUGUAUAUAGUUUCGGAAUUGUGGCCCUUGAAAUUGUUAGUGGCACAUGCAACACUAAACACAACCGCGUAAAGACAGAAUAUUUCUAUCUUCUUGAUGUGGCUCAUAGGUUGAAGCAAGAGGGGAAUUUGUUGGAUUUAAUUGAUCCAAGGGUAGCCUCUCAUUGUAACGCAGGAGAGGCAAUGGUGAUGGUCGAUGUAGCUCUCUCAUGCACAAAUCCUACUGCAGCGGCAAGGCCUUCCAUGUCUAUGGUGGUGAGCGUGCUCGAAGGCAGGGCAUCUGUUUCUGACAUACUCACGGAUUCAAGUAUUUAUGCAAGCAAGUUUGAUGCAAAAAAGUUGUACGGAAGAGUAGAAGGAAAUGAUGCGGAAAACAAUAGCCAGGUAAAGAGUAUGUUAAGAGAUGGGUGUACAGACCAAUUUAUGCCAGGGCCCAACAACCAGAGACCCAAAACUCAAAUUAAUCAUACCCCAAAACUAACCCAAAUGGCCCAAUACAACUGGCCCAAACAACCCAAUGACCCAAUAACCUAAAGCUAUCAGAAAACCCUAAUCCCCCUAACCCCAUGUGCGCCGUACUCUGCCACCACCUACCACCGCCAUUCGCCUUGUCACCUCAACUCUCUGCCACCGACCCACCACCAUGCCCAUUAAAUGCCUGCAAAAUCCAGAGAAAAGAGAGGAUAGCAAGAAAAGAGCAAAAAUAGAAACAAAAUAUGGUGAAAAUCAGCUAUAAAGAGCCGAAUACCAACAUUGUAACGCUCUCUCUUUUUUUUUAAAAAAAACACCAGUGAAUAAAAAAUAGAUCAAAAAUUAAAAAAAGGUUGAUUCCGGUUCCUUUUUUGUUCUUGCGUUUUUGUAUUUUCUUUAUUUUCCUUUCCUUUCCUUUUAUUUUUGUUUUUGUUUGUUCCUCUACAAUCUUUCUUAACGAAAAACGAAACUAAAAAAGAAAAUACCUGUUGGUUUCGAAGGCCAUAACCUAAAGCUAUCAGAAAACCCUAAUCCCCCUAACCCCAUGUACGCCGUACUCUGCCACCACCUACCACCGCCAUUCGCCUUGUCACCUCAAUCUCUGCCACCGACCCACCACCAUGCCCAUUAAAUGCCUGCAAAAUCCAGAGAAAAGAGAGGAUAGCAAGAAAAGAGCAAAAAUAGAAACAAAAUAUGGUGAAAAUCAGCUAUAAAGAGCCGAAUACCAACAUUGUAACGCUCUCUCUUUUUUUUUAAAAAAAACACCAGUGAAUAAAAAAUAGAUCAAAAAUUAAAAAAAGGUUGAUUCCGGUUC